CUUGAUGCCCUUGGCGUGAGGAUGUGCAGGCCGCAUUCGUUGCUGUAUCAGUACUGCUAUCAAGUCUCCAACCUAAGUGCACUGGGUGGGCUGACACUUGCAGUGAAAUGUGUACGUGCACAACACAUCUCAAAGAACAUCAGUAACUGUACAGAUAAGUAACCAUUUUUUACGCUUCAGUAAGGCUGAAUAAUUUUCUCUUUCAAAAAAUUUUGAAAAGAAUUGGCCUUUCAAAAUGGCUGCCAUAUCCUAUUUUUUACAGUGCAGCUGAGACCACUACUUCCACUCAUCUGCUCCUCGCAGUGCUCCUCACUUAUUCCUGUAAUCAUAGGGGGGACUAUCUUCUCUGGAGGCCAAAAAAAAAAGUAGUUGCUAUUUUGAAACUAAACUCAGGGCAGUCUGUAUCCUCCUUGUCAUUGAUAACAAUGGGAGAGGGCAGCCACUUUUGAAAUGGACAAUUCUUUAAAUUUUUUCAAAGGAGACUAUUUUGAGCCAGUUUCUGAAGCAGAAACUUCCUGUAAUGAAAAUUGUUGUUAAAAAUGAUCUGUGAUUCUUAAUAUUUAUUUUUUAAAAAUCUACCCAUUGCACACAAGGUCUGUUCAACAGGAGUGAAGGAAACUAGAGGGAAUGUAGAGUACCAGAACUAAGGAAAAAAUGGUGUGUGCCCUCUGGUUGCUUUGCACUUCCUUAACUAUGCAAAGAAGCUUUGAACAGCUUAACUGGCCAAUAAACUAUGGGUGUAUUGCACUUGUCCACAACAGCGUAAAGCAACCUGAGCAUACUCAUUGAAUCUAUCCUAAAAGUUAAAAUAAAUAUUUUUAAGGUUGAUGGUACAUAUCUUCAAAUCAUUACAAACAUCACAUGUUAAUAGUCUCUUCAGGUUUCUUUUUAGUGUUGGCUUAUGAUUUUUUUAAAUAAUUAAAUAAAACAAGGAAAUUACUAGGUGGGAAAAAAAACCUGAAGAUGGAAUUAUGGUUGAGGGAACAUGUCAGUAAUUUAGGGUAAAAAAACAGUACUGGGAUGUUAUAAUUAUCCCAGAAACAAGCAUUAUAAACUCAGGAAGUUUGGAGUUAAGGCUACAUUUAAAACAUAGCUAAACAUGUUAAGAUGUAGAAUUGCCUAUUUAGGGCACACAGCACUUACCCUGCCUUGUGAUGACACUAUGGAAGAGUGAGAAUUUUGCUUAAUCUGGGACUGAAAACAUAUUAAAAGAUGUUAACCAUAUGGUUUUUGCAUAGAAUCUGGGUUCAGUUCCCAGCUCUGCCACAGACUUCCUGUGUGAUCACAGGCUGAUCACUGGUUCAAGACUUGCUGAAGUUUAUGAAAAAACUCUCCUUGACUGCAAAGGUUCAAAACCUUAAUCUCUCUGUGCCUCUAUAACUUCAUCUGUAAAAAUGGGACAAUAAUCCUUUGUUCCCCUCAUCUAUGUUAUAUUGUAAACUCUUCUUGGCUGAGGCAUCUCCUGUUGUAGAUAUGUAGACAGACUUGGUAGAAUUCAGUUAUAAUUUUGAUGGAUAAUAUUAAUCUUUAAUUUUUAAGCUUUUUCUAUUUUAAAUAUAUUUACAUUUUCACAGUUAUGGGAAAUUAUGGGGGAUGGAGUCAGUUUAAUGACAGACUGAGAUUUAAAAAGUUAAAGAUUUAUAACUGCUCGAACACUAAUUGCCAACAUCAGAUGUCAAAAUAUACAAAGUAGAUAUGCUUAAAUCAAACUAAGUUCUCAAGCAGCAUUUUUCUUUCUUUGCCUAUUUAUAAAUUUCAGUUCUUAUCAAUGGGAAUAUUCUUUUCUCAGUUUGUGUGUAUGGUUUAAUUGACAUUUAUCAAUGUUUACAGAUAAAAAUCUAAUCCUUCCAAGUCUACAUAUAGGACAUCUAGUACAAUGGUGCCCUAAUCUGUAUUGGAUCCUUUAGGCAUUACUUUAAUACAAAUAAUGUCAGAAUAUUUCUUGAGUCUUUCACUCUAAUUCUGCCUCAGAUUAUAUUUUUAUUUCAAUUAUACACUCAUUCUUUCAAGAGGAAUGCCUAUGCUUUGCUUUCCAUGCUUGAAACAUAUAAAAAAAUACUCCAGUAAGGCUCUUCUGCCAAUAAUGAACAUACAUAAAUAACCUAGCAUCUGAAAACAUAUUAUAUUCUUAGGUCUCCCUCUAAAGUCCUCCCAGUAUCUUAAAUGGGGAGGUGAUUGUUCAGAUAAAUUGGUCAGUCUGUUUAGAACUAUCUAGAUCAAAACUGUCCCCUUAAUUUCUGUGUGGUAUACAACAGUGAAACAGUGCAGAUCCAGUAGCACUGUUAUGUUCUGCAAAGUUGUAAACUGUGGCUUUUCUUUUCUUUAAGGAAAGAUGAUGACUACUGUGCCAGCUUUAGUUUCUGGAUAGAUUUAAGAUCUAGCGUAAUGUGGAACAUAUUGUGGUAGUGUAAUCUGGAGGUGAUGAAGACAUGGGUAACAGUUGCAAGAUCUGCAUCCAGAAGAUAUGAUCUGAACCUUUUGGCUGUAUGUAGAUGUGAAAAAGUUGUCUGGAAUCCAGAUACUUUUGAUAUACCAUGACACUUGAGAGAGACUUCAAUUAAAAAAAGAACAGAAAGUUUGGCAAGAUUCCAGUCUGUUUAGAUUGAGUUGCAACUUUCGCUUCUUGCUGAGGAUAAGGAACAGAAAGAAACUAUUACUGCUUGAGCGGAAGCAGAACCAGCAAAUUUGACAGGCCAUGCAGAGAAGGUGGGCAUUGAAAACUUCGAACUCUUGAAAGUUCUUGGAACAGGAGCUUAUGGAAAAGUAUUUCUAGUGCGGAAAAUAAGUGGCCAUGAUAAUGGAAAGCUGUAUGCCAUGAAAGUAUUGAAAAAAGCAACAAUAAUUCAAAAAGCCAAAACAACAGAGCAUACAAGGACGGAACGACAAGUACUGGAACAUAUUAGGCAAUCACCAUUUUUGGUCACAUUGCACUAUGCUUUCCAGACAGACACAAAACUUCAUCUCAUUUUAGACUAUAUAAAUGGAGGAGAACUUUUUACUCACCUUUCUCAAAGAGAGAGAUUUACAGAAAAUGAGGUGCAGAUAUACAUUGGAGAAAUUGUACUGGCUCUUGAACACCUGCACAAGUUGGGCAUUAUAUAUCGAGAUAUAAAACUUGAGAAUAUUCUGCUUGAUUCUAAUGGCCAUGUUGUGCUGACAGACUUUGGUCUGAGUAAGGAGUUUCUUACAGAUGAAAAUGAGAGAGCAUAUUCCUUUUGCGGAACUAUAGAAUACAUGGCUCCAGAUAUUGUCAGAGGAGGAGACACAGGACAUGACAAGGCAGUUGAUUGGUGGAGUCUUGGUGUUCUUAUGUAUGAGUUAUUAACUGGAGCAUCACCUUUUACAGUUGAUGGAGAAAAAAAUUCCCAAGCUGAGAUUUCUAGGAGAAUAUUAAAAAGUGAACCUCCAUAUCCCCAAGAAAUGAGUGCUUUAGCUAAAGAUGUAAUUCAGCGUCUUUUGGUGAAAGAUCCCAAGAAAAGGCUGGGCUGUGGUCCAGGUGGUGCUGAUGAAAUCAGACAACAUCCCUUCUUCCAGAAAAUAAACUGGGAUGAUUUAGCUGCCAAAAAAAUACCAGCUCCGUUUAAACCAGUAAUCCGGGAUGAGCUGGAUGUUAGUAAUUUUGCAGAGGAGUUUACGGAAAUGGAUCCUACAUACUCUCCUGCAGCAACACCACAGACUUCAGAGAGAAUAUUUCAGGGAUAUUCUUUUGUUGCUCCUUCUAUCUUGUUCAAGCGCAAUGCAGCCACAGUAGAUCCUGUUCAAUUUCAUAUGGGAGUUGAAAGACCUGGAGUUACAGCUAUUGCCAGAAGUGCUAUGAUGAAGGACUCUCCAUUUUAUCAUCACUAUGAACUGGAUCUGAAAGAGAAACCACUGGGAGAAGGAAGUUUUUCCAUCUGUCGAAAGUGUUUACACAAGAAAACUAGCCAAGAAUAUGCAGUAAAAAUAAUUAGCAAAAGAAUGGAAGCCAACACCCAGAGGGAAAUAACAGCUUUGAAACUCUGUGAAGGACACCCCAAUGUAGUGAAGUUGCAUGAAGUUUAUCAUGAUCAGCUUCACACAUUUCUAGUAAUGGAACUGCUGAAGGGAGGAGAAUUGCUUGAACGCAUUCAGAAAAAGAAACACUUCAGUGAGACAGAAGCCAGUUAUAUCAUGCGCAAACUUGUUUCAGCUGUGAGCCACAUGCAUGAUGUAGGAGUAGUCCAUAGAGAUCUGAAACCUGAGAAUUUAUUGUUCACAGAUGAAAAUGAUAAUUCAGAAAUAAAAAUAAUUGAUUUUGGAUUUGCUCGGUUAAAACCACCUGAUAAUCAGCCUCUUAAGACUCCAUGUUUUACUCUUCAUUAUGCUGCUCCAGAGCUCUUGAAUCACAAUGGUUAUGAUGAAUCCUGUGAUCUCUGGAGUUUGGGGGUCAUUUUGUAUACAAUGCUGUCAGGACAGGUACCCUUCCAGUCUCAAGACAAAGGUUUAACAUGCACCAGUGCAUUGGAAAUUAUGAAGAAAAUUAAAAAGGGAGAAUUCUCCUUUGAAAGAGAAGCCUGGAAGAAUGUAUCUCAAGAAGCCAAAGAUUUGAUACAAGGACUUCUUACAGUGGAUCCAAAUAAAAGAAUUAAAAUGUCCAGCUUGAGAUACAGUGAAUGGCUUCAAGAUGGGAGCCAGCUGUCAUCCAAUCCUCUAAUGACUCCUGAUAAUUUAGGCUCUUCAGGAGCUGCUGUACAUACAUACGUCAAAGCAACCUUUCAUGCCUUUAACAAGUACAAAAGAGAAGGAUUUUGCCUCCAGAAUGUUGACAAGGCACCUCUUGCUAAAAGAAGGAAAAUGAAAAAGACAAGUACAAGCACAGAGACACGUAGCAGUUCCAGUGAAAGUUCACAUUCUUCCUCCUCUCAUUCACAUGGUAAAACUACACCAACAAAAACCCUGCAGCCAACAAAUCCUGCAGACAGCAAUAACCCAGAAACCAUCUUCCAGUUCUCUGAUUGAAAAUCAGAGAAAUAUCCUCUCUUGAACAAUUAAGAGGUGAUAUGCCUGGU